AUGUUACGCGAGUCAAUCGUGGCUCCCCAGCAUGCGGCGACGAUGGAUGGCGAAACAGCCGCACGAUUCCAACGGGGUAAACGUCGAUACCCUUUUGAUUACAUAAAUCAGCCCAGCGAUCAAGCUCCUCUGCCUGUUUUUCCCUCAGUGUAUUUGUUGUGGGCUUUGGCACGUUGGCGCAAACAACUGUCAUUUCGGGGUUGUAAAUUGCCUUCUUUGUCUUCGGCAUUGGAUUGUGCUCCUGAAUAA